AUGGCCUUCUCACCAGGCAUCACCCAAUUCCUACGCGGCCAGCUCUUGCAAACUCCACCACUCCCAACCACCGAUCUGACUGGGCAAACUAUCAUCGUCACAGGAGCCAAUACAGGGCUGGGUUUGGAAUGUGCGAAACACAUGGUGCGCGUCAACAUAUCGACUCUCAUACUCGCCUGUCGUAGUAUCGAUAAAGGCGAAGCUGCGAGAGAGCUCCUACUCUCUUCCAAACGUACGACCGAGAAAGCUACGACGAAGAUCGAGGUAUGGCCACUCGACAUGAGCCGAUAUGCCUCGGUGCUAGAAUUCGCAGAUCGCUGUGAAAGGUCAUUGACCAGGCUGGAUGCUGUCAUAGAAAUUGCAGGGAUCAGUCAACCCACAUACCAAGUUGCAGAAGACAACGAGUCGACCAUUACAGUCAAUGUUAUAUCGAUUUUUCUUCUUACUUUUUUGACUCUACCAAAGCUUCGUGAGUCGGCAGCUCGUCAUGGCAAGAUGGGUCGGCUGAGCAUCGUGGGAUCUGCUGUUCAUUUCUGGGCUGAUACGAAGGAUCUUGAUGUUCCAGAAGGGCAGAGUAUUCUGGAGAGGCUGAACAGGAAGGAGACAGCCAGGGUAUCCAUCAAAUCAAAUAAACCAAAUCUUGACCCCCAUUUGAUUUGCUAA